GAUGGUUAGUUUCCAGGUUCCUCAUUUUAACUAUCUCCGAAUCAGUCAAGUUCGGCCCGGUGCCGUUUUUGGCCAUGUAGCUGCUUCGCCCGCCGUUUUGAUUCGCCACCGCGACAGUUUCACUACAUCUACCACUAAUCAACGGUAGACUGCAUGCAGAAGAACUGUUUCACUCGACACCACCUUAGCAAAGUGACGAUCACUAAUUCUCUCUGCAUCGCGAAAACACCACCACGAUAGAGGCUACCGCCAAAGCUCCAGUCAUGCAGCAGCAAUUUAACCUCGGGACGCUCAUUCAGGGGCACUGCCACGAGGUCGACAUGUCCACGAUGGAGACACUCGACGAGCUCAAAAGCGAAUUGGGGAGGACUUUUGGAUUUGUCGAUGCAAUGUCGAUCACUUUCCAUAGCCCCGCAAUAGGAACGCUGACUUCUCUUGAAGAAGUCAAGUAUUGUGAUGGCCCGGUGGAGCUACGAGGAUCCCAAGAUUCAUCGGUCCGCAUUCCGCCCGGACCAAAGACGCUUCCUGUCGUCGGUAACCACUAUGAGCUGUAUCCCGACCCCCUUGGAAAUUUCGACAGACUCUUUUCACGAUAUGGGCCCAUGAUCAAGACUGUAAACAUGGGAACAACAACUUACCACACCAAUGACCCAGAAAUAUCACGACACAUUUUGCUCGAGGGAGAAUUCUUCACCAAAGCAACAUCCAACCCCUCGCACCCGUUGUACUACCUCAGCGAGCAGAAUGCACUCUUCACCUGUGACACAGCAUCCCCUGCCUUUGCCAUCAGCCACAAAUUUGUGCCACCUGCACUGUCACCCCGCGCCAUAGCUCACCAUGCACCACUCAUCAGAGCAGCAGCGCGGGAUAUUUUCCCCGUCCUUGAUGAGCUCUCCAUCAAAGACCUUGCAUUCAACGUCUAUCAAUACAUGUUCAAAAUGGGCGGCCAGGUUAUUUGGCGUGUAGUAGCCGGACAGGACCUGCAGCAUUUCAAAGCGGUCAACACACCGCCGGCGUUACCAAUCAGGCUGUUUGGGCAAUAUCUGCACCUCAUGAAGAAAGUCUCGUUGCGCCCCGCUUGGUACGGACUACUGCCGUUUGGGGAUGCAGCCCGACUUCGUGCAGUGCGCGAUGAACUUUGGGCGGAGAUUGCCAGAGCCCUGAGGGAAUGUGCUUCACCUAACGGGGAGACGCUGUCGCUAUCAGAUCCAACUGCGUCGUUGAAAGCGACAUGUAUUGCUGAUUAUCUCAGCCUGGUUAGAGACGACAAGGGCCAGGGACUACCUGAGGAGGUGCUUUUGGCCAACACUGUGGCGGUGCUGGGUGCUGGUUUCACUACCAGUGCCUCGCUACUGUCAUGGAGUCUCUAUGCGCUAGUAAAAUAUCCAGGCAAUCAAGAGAGGCUCCUGCAAGAGCUUGUCGACCAUGGGGCAGACAGCGAGAAGGACUGGACUUACGACCAGUUGCAUGCUAUGAAGUUUCUCGACUCCUUCAUCAAAGAAACGCAACGGCUCCACAGUCCAAGUUUCCAGACAACGAGAAACGCAAAGAAGGAUCUCAUCUUGCCUGGUGGUUACUUCAUCCCGGAGGGCUCCGUCGUCACGACGUGCUUUCCAAGCCUGCACAAGAAUCCAGCUCACUGGGACAGCCCAUUGAAAUUUGACCCAGACAGGUGGCUCGAGCAGGGGUUUGCUGCCCAGGCAGCUCGCAAGGGGCUUUACACACCCUUUGCUGCGGGUAAAAGAGGAUGUGUGGGGUUUAAUCUGGCACUGGCCGAGGUCAAGAUGGUGUUGGCUGAAUUGGUAUACAACUACAAGUUUGAGGAUGCGUCGCCGGAAGCUGUUGUUUAUGACCCAGAGUUUCUGGUCACUCGGCCACUUAACUUCUAUGCGAGUGCCACGAGGAGGACGGAAUGGCCAUCGAAGAGAGCUGAGUAAUGGGGGUUUUAUUUUUCUAUGUUUCGAAAGGGCGUGUUUGCUUUCGUUGACUUCAUGUUCAUACUUGGUUUCUUUGUGAUCAUAGACAUAUUCGUCACACGAAGAGGGGCAGCCGCUACACUUGGGAAACAUCAUAGGUUAGCGAAGGCGUCAGAAAAUGGAAACUAUUGUUUUUGAGUUCAAACAGA